AUGCCUCACUCAGAAGCCCCUCAGGAGCGAACGGAUGCCAGUGCCGACGUGACAAGCGGCGCUCAGGGCCAACAAACCCAGAUUCGGGUCCUAGUCGCCUGCCCUCGUUCGGGCUCCACACUCUUCAUGCGUAUCUUUCGCGAACUCCCUCGUUGUGCGGUUACGAGUCGCUUGAUUCUGCAAGGCAACUACCACAAAUUCAGCGACCAAACUCUAGCUCGAAUCAAGCCCGACUAUACCAUCUUCUCUCAUCCAGAAGCCCAUCCCGUCUACCGUCAAGCGGUGUCGGAAGGCUUUACCACUCUGGUCACCAAAGAGGAAUUGGGUCACGAGUUCUUCAAGGGUGAAUGCGACUUCAACAUCCUGCCCAAUCGAGCAGCCUACGACAUGACGCGGCCCGCGUUUCUUGUCCGGGACCCAGUGCGCGUCUUUGAUAGCUGGAAAAAUAUGGGUUGGGGCGAUCUAUACAGCUUUUUCAUUUGCUAUCGUUCACUUUUUAAAAUGCUCAAGGCUAGCCCAACACCUCAAGUUGUCCUGUAUGAGCAAUUGGUGGCCGACCCCAGAGGCACAGUAACCGCACUGUCACAGUACUGGGGCAUAGCAUACGAUGAAGGCUGUUUGGAAUUUAGGCAGCCGUUUGGGGAUUACCUAUUCAACGGUGACCGAGAACAAUCGAUCUAUCAGGGUGCCGUUCCUGCCGGCCUCUUCAACCGCGUCAAGUCCCACACCCAUGUUGAAGAUUUCCAGGGCCAUGGUCUGCUAUCCGCACUGGAAAUUGAACAUAUCGAAGCCGAAGUAGGCGGCCUGUACCUUGAGGCUUAUGGCCCACAGCUAGACCCCAUUUCAAGUCUUCUCUUCAAAAAGACGUGGUUUGGUUUCGAUCUAGAUGACACACUGCACGAGUUUCGCAAGGCGUCUGCCCAUGCAUCCCAAUCCGUCUUCGCGGCAAUUCGAGUCAACCAUCCCGAGAGCAAAGUCACAAUUGACGAUCUCCAGGCGACCUAUCGUGACAUCCUUCGGUCAAAUUCUGCAAAUGCAUUUACAGAUGGAAAGUCAUCCGAAGAUUACCGCAGCGACAGAUUUCAACGUUUGCUCGAAGCCCACGGGCAUGAGCCUUCCCGGGUAGAAGUGGAAGAACUGUUGGCAAUAUACAAAAGCAGUCUCCGUGCCGCCCUGACACUGAAGGCUGGGGCACUUCAUCUCCUACAGAAGCUCAAGUCUCAUGGGAAGAAGGUUGUUAUUAUCACCGAGGGUCCACAAGAUGCACAGGAAUGGACGGUGUCAGAGCUUGGGUUACAGCCAUUCAUAGAUAUCCUCGUCACUACCAAUGAGGUCGGAGUGUCUAAGGUGGAUGGUCUAUUUUCCGCUGUUCUAGAUAAGCAUAGCAUCGUUCCAACUGACAUGGUCUAUGUCGGGGAUAGCGAACAGCGUGACAUCGAACCUGCACGGGCUGCAGGGAUAGAUACCGUUCUGUAUGAUGAGAAGAGCAACUGUCGCCUUCGGGACCCUCACAACUUGCGGCUAAACUCACUCCCAAAAUUGGAGUACCUCAUAGGCCGUCAUUAA